AUUUUUUAAUCAGAGGAUUUUGUAGCGUGACAUUGGAGAAUACACCAAACAAGUUUUAUUGUGGUAAAACAAAACGGUAUAACGGUCUAUGUAUGCUAGUGCGGCUUUAAAUAGAUUUAAUUUGGAAUUCACGUGUUUUUUGUUAAAUAAGGUUAAGAUUUAAAUAAGAUGAAUAUUUUGGGAAUACAAUUUGCCCCUUUAAAUGUUCCAAUGCAAAGAAGACUGCAGACGCUUGCAGCAGCAGCUUGGUUUAUAAUAUUGGCAUUUGGAGGUUUCGCAGGCUGGGGCUUAACGGCUUACUUUAUACUAUAUACCAGACUGAGAUGGAUCACCCUAUUCUACCUGGGUUGGAUGUUUUUUAUAGAUAAAGAUAUAGAGGAAAGAGGCGGAAGGCCAUCAAAAUACAUGAAAAGUUUAACAUGGUGGAAAUAUCUGAAAGAAUAUUUUCCAUUUAAGUUAAUUAAGGUAGAAGGUGUGGAACUGGAUCCCAGACAAAAUUACUUGUUUUGUAGUUUUCCACAUGGAAUGUUAUCUGCUGGUUCGUUUAAUGCUUUUGUAUAUGAUCGCAGUGGAUUUAAUGAACACUUUCCUCACCAUCAAGCUUCUGUAGUUACAUUAGCCCAACAUUAUAAAAUGCCUUUCUAUAGAGACUUCGGAUUAAGCCUUGGUGGAAUAUCAGCUUCGUACAAAUCUAUUGACUAUGUUUUAAAGCAGCCAGAAGGUGGAAGAAUAGCCGUUUUAAUGGUAGGCGGUGCAGCUGAGGCUUAUUAUUGCAAACCUGGAGAAUACACAUUCGUUUUAAAAAAGCGAAAAGGUUUUGUUAAACUUGCAAUAAGAAAUGGAACACCUUUAGUUCCAGUACUGAAUUUUGGCGAGACAGAUUUAUUUACUCAAUUUUCUAGUUCUAAAGGUAGUUGGUUCCAUCGAUUACAAGAAGCUUUACGAAAGUAUACCGGAAUGGCUCCAAUUAUACCUUUAGGAAGAGGUUUUUUCCAAUAUAGUUUUGGGCUUGUGCCUCAAAGAAAACCACUAACUGUUGUUGUUGGCCAUCCCGUUAAUCUACAGAAAAAUUCUAAUCCAACACAGAAAGACAUAGAUGACGUCCAUUCCCAAUUUAUAGAAGCUUUAAAAGCAUUAUUCGACGAACAAAAAAAACAACAUUUUAAAGAUCCCAAAAAUAUAAAAUUAUCUAUUGUAUAAUAUUAAGCUGUUUGUUAAUAAAUAUUUGGUUUAAAUACUUGUUAAAAUAUAUUUGGGUUUUUCCUUUUA